UCUCGCAGUGCAAAGUGUCAAGCAAAAUUUCGAUUUUCCAUGGAGUGAUUUUUUGUAUAAUUUCGGCAAUUUUCAUGAAAAUUGUGUAAGAUUUUGAGGAAAUCUCUGAGGAAAUAACUCAGUCACAUCCACAGUUACCAGUUAUCCCUCUAAAACUACUUCAAAUUGCCAUAAAAUCGCGAAAAACCUCAGCGGAAGACUAUCCCAAUGUCAGACAAAGUAGUCAAAACAAAAACAGUAUAAUUAUCAAAAUAGAGACUCUGUGCGCUAAAAAAGUGAGGAAAAAGUGUUUCUUGGAGGUAUUCUAGUCAAUUUUGUGGUGAUACCCUUUCUCUAAGCUAUCCCAGAAGGUGUUUCUUGGGCUAGUCAAUGAGAGACACCUUUCACCGUGAAUUGCAAAUCCUUCGUGGUGCGAAAAAAGUGCAUUUUGUGCUAUUUUCCGGGGACUUUUUGUGAGGAAAAUGGGUUUUUAAAUGAGAUUUUGGGGAGAGGAAGGAGCCCAGGAGAAAAUCAAUAGGAAAAACAGGGAGACAAAGCAAGGAGACAACGAGAAAGGAGUGUAGAAAGGAGACAAACUCACACCAUUUUCACGGAAGAAAAGAGUUUUCCUUCACGCAGGUUCACCAAGACACUGCAGGAAGUCAGGUGGUUCCUAUUCAUCAAAAAUCUCAAAAUUCAACCUUCCGCGAAGGUUGAUCAACAGAUUCUAGUCAAAGGAAUGGACUCUACCUGGUCCAUGAUGCCACAACCAAUGAGUACAGAUCAGUAUUUCAGUAUUCGAUGGAACAACUACCAGAGGAACAUGACUGCAAUCUUCCACGAGCUGCUGGAGAGUCAGUCCUUCGUGGAUGUCACUCUGGCUUGCGAGCAGAAUUCCCUCAAGGCUCACAAAGUGGUUUUGUCAGCCUGUUCGCAAUAUUUUAGGAAGCUCCUCCUGGACAAUCCAUGCGAUCAUCCUACCAUCAUCAUGCCGCAGGAUAUUGAGUUCUCAGAUCUCAAUUUUAUCAUCAAAUUCGUCUACCAGGGGGAGAUUAACGUCACGGAGAGUGAAUUGCAAAGUCUCCUGCGAACAGCUGAAAAAUUGAAAAUCCGAUGUUUGUGCGAAGAAGUGACUGAGAGCGGCGAGGGCAGGAGUUGCGAUAGGAAUUCAGGAAGAAUCCCACCGACAACCACAAAACGUACCAAAAACAACCAAAAAGUGAGUUGUGGUGAGAGGACAAGUGUCACGGGCAGUACGGAGUCCAUCAGGAGGAGACUGAGUAGCCGAGGUGAUCCGGACGUGGAGAAUGGUGCAGUAGUUGUGCUUGAGCCACGUCAGGUGUUGGCACGUGAUCAAAAAACCAUGACGAGCCUAGGGAUGGGAAUGGGCAUCAAUGGUGGCUUAAUGGGUGUUUCAAUGGGCUUCCUCGAUUUUGCCCCGGAGCCACCGGCUCCCUCAGCCACUCCAGUCACCGAACAUGUCGACUUGAAUUGCACACCCAGUUCAGACACCAGAGACUUAUCGAUUCAAGAAUUUGUAACACCUGAGCGACAUCCUGAACCAUUAAGCUCUUAUUCAAGCUAUCAUUCAACACCAAAUGGGGAAGUCAGGAUAAAACUUGAGACACUUCGUUCAAUGGAUCCCUCCGAAACUCUCGAAAUGGAGAAUCACCAUAUUCAUACAAUUCAUCAAUUGGAGCAUCCACAGACCCAUCAUCAAGCAUCACAUCAUCCUCAUGCGCAGCAGCAGCAGCAACAGCAGCAGCAGCAUAGCCAGACUCAGCAGGUGCAGCAAUCACAUUCACCACCUCCACUGCCCCAGCAAGCUCAUCUGCAGUCACAGGCGGCACAGCAGCAGGUCCAGCAGGCUACCCAGCAGCAGCAGCAGCAGCAAUCCAGAGGGAAUCAACAGCAAAAUCCUCAUCAGUCCCCAGUGCAGACGCAACAGCAACAGCAACCACAGACUCAACCACCAACUCCGCAGCCCCAGAGACAUCCCAAUGCCAGCCCGUCGGACAGUCAUCUCCAUGAGCAGCCUGACAUUAAACCCUCAGUGCAUCAUUCCAUCGUGUCGGCGUCUACGAGUAUGGAUGUGGAUCAGAGUGGGAUGGAGCAUGAAUCGAUGCACGGGAUCAUCGUGACGCCGGAGAUUGUGACGAUGAUGACACCGAGCCAAAUGGGUAAAGACAUGUACAAUUCAGAUGCCAGUGAAGACUCCAAAAUGAUGUCAAAUGGAUCACCAAGUAACAGCAACAGUGGCACUCAGUACACCAAUCUCACGCCACAGCAUGAAAAUCGAACUCCUGGAGGUCCAAAGACCUGGACACAGGAGGAUAUGGAGGCGGCACUGGAUGCUCUGAGAAAUCACAAUAUGAGUCUCACCAAGGCCUCAGUGACCUUUGGGAUUCCCUCGACGACUCUGUGGCAGAGGGCACAUCGAUUGGGCAUCGAUACGCCCAAGAAGGAGGGCCCCACGAAGUCCUGGAGUGAGGAUUCUCUCAAUAAUGCCCUAGAAGCACUGCGCACUGGCACGAUAUCGGCCAAUAAGGCUUCCAAGGCCUUUGGGAUUCCAUCGUCUACGCUCUACAAAAUCGCUAGGAGGGAGGGUAUUCGUCUGGCGGCACCAUUCAAUGCGGCUCCCACCACAUGGACACCAGAGGAUCUCGAGAGGGCACUUGAAGCCAUUCGGGCGGGACAUGCGUCAGUGCAGAAAGCCAGUACGGAGUUUGGGAUUCCUACUGGAACCCUUUAUGGUCGUUGCAAGAGGGAAGGUAUUGAGCUAUCACGCUCAAAUCCAACACCAUGGUCUGAAGAUGCUAUGAUGGAAGCCUUAGAAGCUGUUCGGGUUGGUCAAAUGUCGAUUAAUCAAGCUGCCAUUCACUACAAUUUGCCAUAUAGUUCACUGUAUGGGCGCUUUAAGCGAGGAAAAUACGAUACAUCCAGCGACGGUGGUGGACAGAUGGAUCAUAGUCCGGAGAAUACUCAACACCAUCAGCUCCAGUACACGACGACUGUGAUGCAGCAGGCACCACAGCAGCAGCAUCCGGUUCAUAUGCAUCACCAUCCGCCGCCACAGAUGGUGGCUGUGGCCACAUCACAGCCACCACCGCCGCCGACACCUCAUCCUCAGCCCGUUCAGGCGCCUCAUCAUCCGCCCACGACGUCUAACCCAACGCAGAACCAUCCCAAUAGCCAUGUCUACCACCAUCACAGCCAACAGCAUCAUCAUAUGGAGAGAAGUUGAAAAUCGCCGCCCAAGCGGACGUCGCGGCGGAAGUUGUUGAGAUUGUUGAGGCGGAAACGUUGCUAGAGAGGAUUUUAAGGAUAGGAAGGAAUGGGAUGGGGGGGAGACAGUUGAGGAGUUCGGAUUUAGAAAGGACACAGCGCAUAAGAGAAAUAAACGUAACAUCAAAUA